AUGAUAUAUUCCCAGGAUAACAAAAUCAGUUGGAGAGAUGCUCAGGAAUACUGCAGAUGGAUGUACACUGACUUGGUAGACAUCCAAAAUGAAGCUCACCAGAAAGCAGUUCUUAGCCUCAUCUCCACAGACUACAUGUGGAUCGGGCUGUUUAGUGAUAACUGGAAAUGGUCAGACGAGGCCACUUCCUUUUUCCGAUACUGGGGAGCAUGGAAACCUCUGAGCCUGUUUAACAUCUCAAAUUGCGUUGUCAUGCAGAUGAAUGAUAACGGGAUGUGGGAUGAUUCACUUUGUGACAGAAAGUUGCCUUUCGUGUGUUACAAAGUUACUACACCAAAGAAAAAACAAGUAGUGAAAAUUAAGGUGAGAUCUCAACAAAUGGGAAAUUUGAAUGACCCGUCCAUGAAGGCAAACAUUUUAAAGAAGAUUGAAGAAAUGCUAAAAAGAAAGAGAAUGUUCAAUUACACCAUUAAGUGGAGAGAGAAGGACGGCGUCGUAUUUCAUCAGGAAUCUGAUAAUGUACAGCGGAAGAAAAAGUCUGAUGAGCUGUAGAUUCAUCCAUUCAUCCAACAUGUUUCA